UCAGAGAGCCACUGCCCACAACAAUAAAAACGCCACAUAUGCCAUUACCUAUAUCUCUGAUAAGACCAGACACUAUGUAAUUUGGGUUGGCUAUAGUGGAGACAACAUUCUCCUUACCUUAUCUGGGCCAUGCAGACAGGUGGAUCCAGCAAGUACCUGGCCACAGGUCCUGAGAUUGCCCCUACUGUGAAAACUGGAGAGAAAAUGGGCUUCAUACUGGAUGCCAAGACUACUGGGAAGGGGAAAGUGUCCUGCAUGAUUCUGAAUGUCACAGAGGCUGAGGCUGAUGUCAUCGGAAAUGAAGAUGGCACCUAUGACAUUUUCUACACUGCUGCCAAGCCAGGCACCUAUGGGAUCCACGUGCUCUUUUGUGGUGUUGAUAUUCCCAACAGCCUCUUCACAGUCAUGGCCACUGAUAGAGAAGUCAUAGCCAUGGAGCAGGCCCAAGUAAAUGCAUGUCCUUUAGGUACUAUGACUGAAGAGGCCUAUGUUCCAGUCAGGAAUGGCCUAGGCUUUAAUCCCUUUGACUGCGUGAUUUCUAUAGGGAAAGGGGGCUGGCUAAAGAAACCCACCCUGACCCUGGAGCCCAGAACUAGGGCAAGAUGGCUCAGAUAAGGCCAGUGAAAGAAACACAGUUUGGCUCAAAUCAGAGCCAUCUCAGCCCCUGGCCAACUGACUUGUGAGUCCAACCAAUCACAAAGCAGGACAGCAGAAUCCUGGCCCUAGGGCCCAGGGUCAGGGAAAGAAACACAGCCUGCAUUUGGGACCUGA